UGAACGAAUUAUAAAAGAAAUAUAAUAUAUAUAAUAAAUAAAAGUCCAUGAAAUGAAAACGAAACAAUUAAUAACUUAAAAUAUAUAAAAUAAUUAUAUAAAUAAAAAAUAACAUUAAUCAGAAAUAAUUAAAACAAAAAGGAAAACUUAAGUGACCACCCACAAAUCACCAUUACUAUUUAAAGUAUAGAGAAGUUAUUAAAGUACAUUUUUAGAUGUUAACAAUACUACUACGCAACACCGUCCUGAAUGUACGACACAGGACAGCAAGAACACUCCUCAAUGGCCAGAAUGAUGUUAAACGCAAUUUUUUCUGCUCCCUACAGAGACAGGCCCAAUUGCCACAAUUAUCGCCAUAUGAUGUUAAUAUGAUUCUAAGAGAAAAUGAAUUCAUGUAUGCCAUUCCGGAGGACCAGAACAGUACCAUACACAGUUAUGAAUCCAAUCAGGUGGCCUCCAAUAAACCCUGUGAAGAUUGUCGUACCGAGGGCAGUUUUUUACAUAAAAAAGGUUUCAUUUGUGGCAUUUUCGAUGGUCAUGGUGGACCUGCCUGCUCUCAAGUUAUUUCAAAACGUUUACUACGUUAUAUAGCCGCUUCCUUGGUGGAUCGUAAAAUCCUUAAAGAACAAAUUGCUAAAGGUUGCAAUAGUCAAUCGUUUUUAAAGUGUCACAAUGACAAUGUGGAUUUUGUUAAAGAAAUCAAAGAUAUUUAUGAACAUAGCUUUAGCAAAUAUAUUGAAUCGUUAUCUAGUCAAGAAUUACAAGAUAUUGCCACUACUAUGGAGCAUGCAUUUCUUUCGCUGGACAAUGAUUUAUCGCAAGAAGCCUUAAAUAAUACAAAUAUGAGAACAAUGGCGGUAGCGAUGUCAGGUGCCGUUGCUUGUGUUGCCCAUAUCGAAGGCCUCGAUAUACACUUAGCUAGUACCGGUGAUUGUACAGCAGUUUUGGGCUCAGUAUGCCCAGAAACCGGCAAAUGGUCAUCGAAAAAACUUAAUCAGGAGCAUAACUACGACAAUCACCAGGAAGUACAACGCAUACUAAUGGAACAUCCCAAAGAGGAACACGAUACAGCCAUAAGAAAUGAACGUUUACUCAGUCAAUUGGCACCACUGCGUGCACUGGGAGAUUUCCGCUAUAAAUGGUCAAAUGAUAUAAUGGAAAAACAUGUAGUACCUGUCUUUGGCGAACAUGCCAUACCGCCUCACUAUUAUACACCACCCUAUCUGUCAGCAAAACCAGAUGUUGAACAUCAUCGUUUAACUGUCAAUGAUAAAUUCCUAGUAAUCGGCAGUGAUGGUCUAUGGGAUUUUCUAUCACCAACACAAGUUGUGCAAUUGGUGGGUGAACAUUUGAAUUCGAAAAAAUCUCUAGAGCCCAUUAAAUUGCCCGAUGAAGAUGUUACCUUGCAGGCUAUCUCUGAUAUAUUAGCAGAAAGAAAAGCUGGCCGUACCCGCAAGCCUUCAGAUCAAAACUCUGCCACUCAUUUGAUACGUCAUGCCUUAGGCGGUACUGAGUAUGGCAUUGAACAUUCGAAAAUUGCUUACUAUUUAUCACUACCUCAAGAUGUUGUACGUCUAUAUCGUGAUGAUAUUACUAUAACUGUAAUUUACUUUAAUACAGAUCGUAUUAAUGCAUUAACUAAACAAACUACAUAAAGUGUCUUUGUUUUUAAAUUUUAAAUGUCUACGAAAAUUAAUUAACAAACUAAAUUGUAUUUUUUUACUAUAAAUUUGGCAUUAAUUGGUAUUUCUUUUUUAUUAUUGUUAUUAUUAUUUUAAGGCUAUAUUUUAUUUUUAAAUGUAUAUAUUUAUAGUUCAAUUGUUACUAUUAUCAUUUUAAACAAAUUCUGUGUUCAUUUAAUUUAAAACGACAUCAAGUGUUCCCAAUUUAAUACCUGCAUUAGUUUAUCAUUAAUCUCCUUUUUUUGUUUGUUUUGCUUAUGAUUUUUUUAAGCAAGUUUGUUUUUAAUUUUAGCUUUAAAACAUAAGCCGCCGUUAGUUUUAAAAUGUGUUCCUUUUUUUACUUCGUCUUACAAAAAUUUCACACAUUUUUGCACUAACAUUAUACACACACACACAAAUUAUUUUGUUUAUUGUCAAUUGCCAAAAGAAGAAAAUAAAAAAAGAAGUAAACAAAAUGUUCUGAACAAAAAGCUAUUUAAAUUAUAAAUAGCCAAGAAUAA